AUGGUCAAAGAUGGAACAGGCAUUGAAGAACUUCCCUCUCCAAUCGGACAUCUCAACGGGCUUAAACGUUUGAAUUUAAGUGACUGCAAAAGUCUUAGAAGUCUUCCAACCAAAAUUGGAAUGGAAUCUCUUGAAACGUUAAUUCUUUCAGGCUGCUCAAAUCUUAAAAGGUUUCCAGAGAUCGAUGGCAAAAUGAAAUGUUUGCUGGAGCUUUAUUUAGAUGGAACAGGAAUUGAAGAACUUACGUCCUCAAUUGGACAUCUCAGCAAUCUUGUUUUGUUAAAACUGAAAGAUUGCAGUAACAUUGUGAGUCUCCCAAGCAGCAUAAAUGGGUUGAAAUGUCUUAAAACUCUUAAUCUCUUUGGCUGUUCCAAAGUUGAAACUUUACCAGAGAAUUUGCAGUAUGUAGAAUUUUUGGAGGAGCUUGAUUUAAGUAAAACUGCUAUAAGAAAACGUUCAUCCUUCAUUUUUCAAUUUAAAAGUCUGAAAGUUCUGUCUUUCAAUGGAUGCAAGGGACCACCAUCGAAAUUACGACUUAAUUUGGCUUCUCCUUUCAAUGCGUCGCAAAGAGGAAGUUCGGAUUCCAUGGCUCUGAUGUUACCUCCUUUGUUAGGUUUAAGUUCUUUGACGAAACUGAAUCUAAGUUACUGCAAUCUUUGGGAAGGACCUAUUCCUAGUGAUAUUUGCUGCUUAUCCUCUUUGGAAGAACUUGAUCUUAGUGGUAACAAUUUCAUCUACCUACCUGCAACUCUUAAUCGACUUUCCAAGCUUGGGUUUCUUAGAUUGUCAGAUUGCAGGGAGCUUAAAUCGUUGCCUGAGCUCCUAAGUAUAGAACAAGUGAUCAUAGAUGGUUGUGUUUCAUUGGAAGUAGUUGCAGAUCCAACAACAGUACGCAAUUCAACAAAUUGGGGAUCAAUUACUGGUUUUAACUGCUACAAAUUGGCUGAGAAAAACAAUGCAUUAACAAUACUAAAAAAACACCUUAAGGUAAUUGCUAAUGCAAGACCAUUAUUCGACAUUGUUAUACCUGGAAGUAAAAUCCCAGAAUGGUUCCCCCAUCAGAGGGAUGAAUCUUCAAUAAAGAUACCACUGCCUCCUAAUAUUCUGAAUGAUAGUCAGUGGAUGGGAGUUGCUUUCUGCUGCAUUUUCGUCUUUCGCUUCAUUGAUGAUGAUGUUUAUAAGAGGGAUGCAAUAACGUGUAAAGCAGUUAUCCACGGUAGGAAUAUUCCAAAAGUCGAUUGGAGUGGCUUUACUUUGGGAGGAGAAUCUAGGCAGCCUGGGGUCAUUAAGGAGUUCCUUUGGCUACGUUAUUAUUCUUGUGACAAGAUAUUUCCGUUUUCGUUGGAGGAAAAAUGUGGUAAAAUUGAGAAUUCAUUGAGCACAGAUUGGGCAAAUCAAGAAUGCAAUGAAAUUGAGUUCUCAAUCCAAUCCUCUUUAGGUGUCGCAUCUAUCAAAGUGAAUAAGUGCGAUCUUGACGAUAUCCAUCAAGACAUUGGUGGUGAUGAAGGUUCAACCGGGAAUGAUGGUGUCCUUGUAAAACGAAAAGGUAACGUCUACGAGGAGGCAGCAGGACCAAGUGAUGAGAAUGAUAGCCCUGAAGAAAGACCACACCCCAAGCGCCUGGAAAAAAUUUUGAACUUUAUAACAAGGAAGAAACAUUCUGGGAGCUUAAUAUGGAUAGACCAAGUUUCACUAACUGCUACUAAAGACUAG